AUGGCCCUCCACUUCACCCUACAGCAUCUGGACUCCACAGCAUCCUACGCCAGGAUCCUGUUUGUGGACUUUAGCUCGGCUUUUAACACCAUCAUUCCUAGCCUGCUUCAGGACAAGCUCUCCCUGCUGAACGCUGCUGCUGUGCUGCAGGGCACCAGCGUGAUUUCCCCGGGGUUCCACAUCGGCUCGGUGAUGGCGCUCGCCGGGAUGAUCGCCAAGAAGUCGGCGGUGGGCCUCCUGCAGGCCCACCCCUGCGCCUACGCCCUCACGUUCGGUCUCGUCGCCACCAAGAUCACCUGCAAACUCGUGGUGGCCCACAUGACCCGCACGGAGAUGUUCCUGUUGGACUCGGCAUUCAUGGGUCCAGGCCUCCUCUUCCUGGACCAGUACUUCAACAGCGUGCUGUGUGAACUCCUCGUGCUGUGCCUGGCGCUGGUGCUCUCCUGCUACGACCUGGCGCGCUAUUGUGUGGGCGCGUGGCUGCAGGUGGCCGCCCACCUCCACGGCUCUGUGAUGGUGGUGGCUCCGCCCAAGCCCGCGUCGCGACACCGCGACACGGCCAGACAACAACAACAACAACCACCUCUUUACAAACAACAACCACAACAAUCACCACCACCACCGUACAAACACAGCUCCCAGCAGUGAACACAGAGGGCAUUGGGUCUCGGGGUCAGAGUCUUGAGACCGGGUCUCAGGGUCACAGCGUCUAGAGUUGAGACCGGGUCUCAGGAUCAGUGUCUUGAGUUGAGACCGGGUCUCAAGGUCAAUGUCCUGAGUAGAGACUGGGUCUCAGGGUCACAGUGUCUUGAGUUGAGAUCGGGUCUCAGGGUCAGCGUCUAGAGUUGAGACCGGGUCUCAGGGUCAGAGUCUAGAGUUGAGACCGGGUCUCAGGAUUAAUGUCCUGAGUUGAGACCGGGUCUCAGGGUCAGAGUGUCUAGAGUAGAGACCGGGUCUCAGGGUCAGAGUCUAGAGUAGAAACCGGGUCUCAGGAUCAGUGUCCUGAGUAGAGACCGGGUCUCAGGAUCAGUGUCUUGAGACCGGGUCUCAGGGUCAGAGUCUAGAGUUGAGACCGGGUCUCAGGAUCAGUGUCUUGAGACCGGGUCUCAGGGUCAGAGUCUAGAGUAGAAAUCGGGUCUCAGGGUCAGAGUCUAGAGUAGAAACCGGGUCUCAGGAUCAGUGCCCUGAGUAGAGACCGGGUCUCAGGGUCAGUGUCUUGAGACCGGGUCUCAGGGUCAGUGUCUUGAGACCGGGUCUCAGGAUCAGUGUCUUGAGACCGGGUCUCAGGGUCAGUAUCUAGAGUUUAGAUGGAGUGUUGGUGUCGUUGUGUUUCCCAAUCCCUUUGUAUCAGUGGGUGCACAGAUGGAGUGGCCCUGUAGGGUAACGUUUUAAGCGUUUGAAAAGCGUGUGCACCUCUUCCUCAUGAAGCACUUUUCGUUCGGAAUAAAAAAAAACGGGAGUAAAAAAGCUAAAUAUCAGCCACCUUGGCGUAUUAACAAUAAUAGCAAUCGCAAAAAUAAUAUCGUCCCCUAAUCUAUCCUAGACUUUUUUUCCGAGGGGGUCCUGUUUGGCCAGAUCGUGGAUUCGACGCUGACCCUGAUGCCUGCUGUAUAUUUGGAGUUUGCGUGUUUCCCCCCGUGAUCGUGAUCACGUGGAUUUUUCUCCGGGUCCUUUGGUUUUUCCCUCCACAUUUAGAAUCAACAGCACGCGUUUAUAGAGUGAUUUGGCUGCAAUACAUUUCCACGUCAUGAGCCACUUCGUUGAGCUGUCAUUUGUGGGCAGUUCGCUUAUAUAACUCAGUGGGCCUUACCUGGUAAAAUACAAAAAGUUUAUAACAUUUUAAAUAUUGACAAUCGUGAACGAAAUGGGAUUUGCCUACUACUGGAGCAUUAGAAUGCACUGUCAGAAUUCCUUGGGACUUAUGGGAUGUGUAAUAACACAUACGGGGCCGUCCAUAAAUGACGUCACGCACCUGGGGGGUGGGGGGGGUCAGACAUUUGUGAUGUGUGACGGGGGGGUUUGAGAAAUGUGACGUCACAUCAAAAUGCGCAACUUUAAAUAAAUAUAGACAACACGUUCUACUUAAUUAAAUAGACUUUGUAAUAAAUGUUUUCUCCUACAACAUCAGAGUGCAGCGCCGCAUUAAAUACGCACUACAAUGACAAUAGUUUAAAGCAAUUUGAAGCAUUUUUUGGGGGGGGUGGGGGCAGAGCUUU